AUGGCAUCAAUUGAUGCCGAAGUAUCUGGUGCGGUAUCAGAGAUUACUACCCGCAACUCGACCGAAUCCCCGCUUCUUCGUCUUCCGGGCGAGCUGCGCAACAGAAUACUCGGCUAUGCUGUUGGAGGAUACACCGUCAUCGUGGCAGUCCACUGCAAUCCAUCCGUACGCCCAGGGCCCCAACUAAAGGGUCGUCUCGCCAUAGCACACCAAUUCGUAAACAACCAAUGCCCCAAAUCUCGCAGAGACUACAUGUUAGGUAUCUACUUGAACCGGAGCAUCUCCACAGAAGAUCUGUCCGACUUCCGAGGCGCAACAUGUAGUCUCGACGGUGUUGAUCAAAUCCUGACCGUCACACGCGUCUGCCGUCAACUUUACCACGAAACCGCUCUCCUCCAGUUCAAGACCAACUGUUUCCAUUUCAACUCGAUGGAUGCACUUGACCUUUUCACAGAGAAGCUGGCUUCAAUUCAACUUAGAGCCAUUACCGCAAUUUCCAUCGGCAUGGGGUACAUGUACGGACACCGUUUUCACAUGACGAGUAGACCUCAACCACACAUACGUGUAUUCUUCUCUGGACUCAAGAAGCUAUUCAUGACGGCAGGUGCGAUGGAGAUAUUUUCCGGCGCGACUCCUCACGCUAGGCUUGUUACAGCCGUGGACAGACUGAGCUUCGGUGGUGAUGAGGGUAAGGGCUUGUGGGUCGGUUGCUUCUGUGUACUUGACGAGACUGCUGUCUUAAAAGACGCCGUUGGCUUCACGAUCGGUGCUGGCGUUGCUUCAUCGUCUUGA